AUGGAAGGCUCAGGCCUGGGGAAAUUUAGUGUUCUGAAGUUGCUAGCCAGCACGGGCACUGGGGUGUCCAUCCCAGCAACAGGAGCCAACACAGAAGCCCCCAAGACUGCUGCCAUGGUUCAGGCACAGGCUGCUGGAGAAAGGGACAAAGAGAUCGUUGCUGUCCCUGCAGACCUCAUGACUUCCAAGGAGGAGCUCCCCUCUCACCCAGGCUUGCCUGCCUUCUCCGCAGGGGGUCGGGUCACGGGAGCCAGGGGCAUUGCAAUCCGGGUGUAUUUCCACAGCUUUUCCUGCACACAACAGAGAGGCACAAAGUCAGGGCAUGCGAGUAAGGGCCGGGGAUCCGGAGAGGGCGCAGGCCACGCUGUGGCCGCUCCCACUCGGCACCUGCUCCCGAGGGCAGAGGCCCAGUGGCCGGGCUGGCCGCUCCGGACGUCCGCGUACCCCAGGCCCCUGCCCGCCCUCCCACUUUUCCCUUUGUCCUGGCACUUCGCGGCGCGGACCCUGCGCGACCAGAAGCGGCGGCGGGGGGAGCUAGAGGCUCACCGUGAGCCCGGGACGCGAGCAGAGAGCGCCGGCCCCACAGAGCUGAGCAGUGGCGGUCCCCGUGUGGACCCCCGAGGCGCGCCCGCCACCCGCCGAGCCCCAGAGUGGGGGCUUAGGGGGACGACCAGAGCGCGGGGAGGGCGCGGCGCCUGCGCCUGCGGGCGGGGCGCGGGAUUCCCCGGGUCCGGGCGAGAAAUAGCGCAAGCCCCUUUCCAGGGGAGACCCUAGCUCCCGGGAGCUCGCUAGCCUGGGGGGGGGGGGGUCCCUGCUGUCCAGCUGCGGUCCCCGCAGUGACCAGGCGAGGCGCUGGCACUGUCGCAGGCGCCCAAGCGGAACGCGCGGCCGCCCCCAGCCCCCGCGCCCGGCUCCUCCCCGCGCGAUUCCCGGCGCUGUCUCCAGGGUCGAGGUCACGGCCGGCGCCGCGCUGGGCUCUUGCGGCCACCCCCACCUCGAACGCUCGCCGGGCCCGGCUCGGCCUAACAGCCG